GCUGCCUUCUCGAUUCCUCCAAUUCUUCUAUUGCAGUGUUUUCAUCAUCUUGUGCCAGGUGUAUCUUAUCUUUUAACUCUUUUUUCAUUAUGAAGUGCGUUUUUUUAACUUUGCAUGUAUCUAAAAAAAUUGCGUAUUUGCUUUUUGUAUUUUUAUUAGAGUGCGUUUUUCAAUGUAAAGUUGAAUCGUGAUUAACUUGCCGUAUUGUCAAUUCCGCAUUGAAAUACGCGACAUCAUAAAAAGGAAGAAAAGUAAGGGCUCUGCUUUUUUCUUUAACAUUUGUUUUGCUAAAAAUGGAGAUGAUAGAGUCAUACAGACCGGGUCCCACAUUUAUAAAAGUCCAUGCUCUUGUCAAGAUGACAGUGCAAGUGGAUGAUCAGUAGUUGUCACAAGUCGAACAGCCCUUGCCAAUAAUUUGAACAAGGCAGAACAAUAAAUUGAUUUAUAAUAAUUAAACCAUUUUACCAUAAAUAUGGUAUAAGAGCAUCAGUAUCGGGGACGUCCUUAUUAAUUUAGGCCAAAAAAAUGAAAAAGGGAGUUAAUUGUUAAGGAUUGUGUCCAAAAGUCCCAUAAUAAGAAGUUUGUGGGCUCUUCCUGGGCUCGUCCUUCGUCAUACGUGGCGAAAAAGGAUUGGAGAAGUGCGGUGUAGGGCAACACACGGUUUCGUCUCAUCACAACUCUCUCUCUUUCUCUCCUUCUCUCACGAAACUCUCUCGACGGCGAUAGAGGUAGACGGCGAUCCUCCCCUGAUUUGAAGAGCCGAUCGAUUAUUUCGCGAUCUCGAGACCGAUCUAUUGUCCGACCGAAAGCUUCUCCGCCGAUUAGAAUCAGAAAGGUAUGUCUUUCUCUACCCUAAACAAGAAUGCGUUAGAGGUUUAUGUCGUUGUCUGGUUGUUGUUGUUGUUUGUUGUUAUUGCAUGAUUGAAGGAGAUUAUAGCCAUUGUUAGUUGUACUUUCUUGGAUUGGCCGAUGAAUUUUGAUGAAUCAUUAUAAAAUUGUUGAUGAAAGAGUAGUUCUUAUUGUAAUAUGGCCGACGAACCUCUGUAGAUUCAUUUCCAAUUAGAGUAGUUGUUAUUGUCUUAGCAAAUACUCUUUUGCAUUGACAAUUGUAGGUUAUGGUUACUUGUCAUGUCAGGGAACCGUAAGUAUUAAUGGUAAAAUGAAGGAAACCAAAUACUCUUUUGCAUUGCCAUGAUUGAUUGUGAAUAGUUGUUACUUAAAUGCCUAGUUAAAACGAUGUGUUCGUAGUUAUAUUGAUUUGUAACUAAACUGCAUUGCCAUCUCUGAUUGUGUAACGAAAUCUCUUAAUAAUUUAAUGAAAAUGUAACCGAGAACGCUUCACAUAGCUUUGUACUUGUUAGAUGGUAAUAACUCUUGAUUAGACUUAGGUAGAUAAUGGUUAGGUGGUUGUGAGUUAUUAUUCCUCCAUCAAAUGUGAGCUAUUAAAUCCCAACCUUAUGUCAGCUUUGCUAAUUAUCUCCAUACUCUUCUUUUUCUCCAUACUCUUCUUUCUCUCCUAUUACUUGGUAUGGCUUCAAGGAAACCUGAUAUGGAUUCAACGAAUCCUGAUAUGGAUUCAACGAAUCCAUAUAGCCAGUAUCGUAGUUACGUAGGGCUUCUUAACUCUCAGAAUCAACAAACCUUUCCAUCUACUGUAAACAUUGGAGCCUCACAAAUCCCUUCUUUUGGUUCCCAACAAACUGAGGCUCCUGCUGUAGGUUCAGACACACCAGUGGACCGUCGGGGGAGAAAGACAUGGACCCCAUCUGAUGACGAGGUCCUAAUAAGCGCCUUGCUUAAUACUUCUAAGGACGCUGUAGUUGGAAACGACCAAAAGGGAGGAACGAACCUUCUGGCAACGGGUAGGAGAUUACUACGAAGCAAGUCAUAAUGUUGGUGAGGGUGGUGAUGCGAACUCUCAUACCCAUUGGAAGUAGCGGUGGUCAAAGAUCAAUGAUCAGACCAACAAGUUCGCUGCAGCAUACGCUACUGCUGAGAGACAAAUCAGUAGUGGACAGAAUGAAAACGAUGUUCUAAAGUCGGCUCAUCAGAUCUUCCACUCCCACCACAACACAAAGUUUAAACUGGAGCAUGCGUGGUGUAUCUUGAGGCAUGAGCAGAAAUGGUUGAGUCUCAACACUGCUGCACAAAAAAGAAAGGCAACUGAGUCCUUUUCGCAAGCUACAGACAACAAUGUUGGUGACCAAGAGAUGCGGCCCGCAGGUAUUAAGGCGGCAAAAGCAAGCAGGAACAGUGGUAAAGGAAAGGCUUAUGGAGAUUAUAAGAGCAUGUGGGAUCUGAAGAUGGAAGAUUUGGCACAGAUGGAGAAGCUAUCCAAGCUCGCGAUUCUUGAUACUCUCCUAGCUAAGAAGGAACCACUUAGUGAGAGUGAAGAAGUCGUGAAGAAUAAACUCCUUGCCUUGUAUUUUUAAACUAAGCAUUUGAUGUUUUAAAUUUGAUGUUUGAACUUGUUGUUUUUUUAAUUUGCUGUUUCAACAACUUGCUUCUGUGGUUUAUGAAAUAAUAUUCCUUGUUUUAAAUCAUGGGAGUUUAUUUACUUUGUUCACUGUCAUAAUGUAUGCUUGAGGUUAUGUGACAUACAAAACUUACGUGUGCCGUUUUUAUUAUUAACAGGUUAUGGGUUUGGAUUAUAGCUACACGCAGCCGUCUGAUUCGGAGGAUUAUGGUUUACGGAACUCAGCAGACAGUGAAAACAGCUCGACAGAAAUGAAUAUCAUGCUAGACCAAGCAGAGAUCGAAGCCGCGCAGAAUCAGUACCCUCUGCAGCCUGAAGUGGAGUUUGGCUUCCCCAAGGAAUGCUACUGUGGCCGCGAGCCGCUUUUAGCUACUUCUUACACAAGAAAUGACCCGGGGAGAAUGUUCUACACCUGUGACAACAUCGACGACGGAGACUGCCAUGUAUACAAGUGGUGGGAUGUCGUGGUUACAGAGGAGAUCAAAGCCUUAGGUACACAGUAUGCUCAGCUUUCUGAUAAGGUAGAUUACAUUUCGUUUCUAAGUGACGACGACACCCAUAUGCGCGAGUUUAAGGAUCUGCAGUUUGAUUUAGAGCAGAAGUUGUUAAGGGUUGAGAGAAUUGGUUGUGACUUAGCGAGAAAUACAUCUAGGUUAUUCAGAAUUGCUUGUGUUAUGGUUGUUGUCUUAGUGCUAAUAGGCAUUGGACUAGCUGCUCGUAUGUAGGUUUUAUGGUUCUUGUUGUAGGUGUUACUCAUGUGUUUUUUAAGUGGAACUGAGCAAGGAUUUACUCAUGUGUUUUGUAAUUUUAAUGUGAUAUCGUAUUCUAUUAUCAACCAAACAAGAAAGUAUAAUUGUUUCUUUCAUCACCAACCAAUGAAAACGAAUCAAUCACAUGUAUCUCCAACACGCUUUUCUUAAUAACCCGUGAAUACAUCCUCCAUCAAAAGUCUUUGUUUCUUUCAUCACCAACCAAAGAAAAAGUAUCACACAUCUAAAUCACAACCUCACGGACUUUCACACGGGUCUUGUUUCUUUCUCAAAUUCAUUUCUAUAAAUAUGAGCUUCUCUUGUGUUUACAAAUACAUAAAUCUUUCCUCUCCUUAUUUCCUUAACAAUUACACUAUUUCUCCCUUCUCGAUAUAUUUAUAAUGGCAUCUUCAUCCCAUUAUCAUUACCACAAAGAUGAUGAUGAUGAUAUUGAUCUUGAUACCCCUUUUGAAGAUUUUUUUAAUAACUAUGCUCCUAUUCCAGAACAAAAAGAGAGAAAAAAACGUAUUGUGAUAGAGAGAAACCGGGAAGAAUGCCACAACCACCUUUGGAAUGAUUAUUUUAGCGAGAAUCCAACAUACUCUCGCAGUUUAUUCCGGCGACGGUUUCGAAUGAACAAAUCUUUGUUCCAGCGUAUUGUGCAUCGUCUCUCCACAGAAAUACCGUAUUUUCAACAAUCAGAAGAUGCAACCGGACGGUCGAGUCUAACUCCGCUCCAAAAAUGUACCGCAGCAAUUCGACAAUUGGCAUACGGUGGUGCGGCUGAUACAGUAGACGAAUAUGUCCGAAUUGGUGAAACAACAGCUCGAAAAUGUUUGCACAAUUUUGCCGCGGGAAUAAUCACCUUGUUUGGCGAUGAAUACCUAAGACGGCCCACACCGGAGGAUCUAGAAAGACUACUACAUAUCGGAGAAGAAUGUGGAUUUCCGGGGAUGAUUGGAAGCAUCGACUGUAUGCAUUGGGAGUGGAAGAAUUGCCCCACCGCUUGGAAAGGAAUGUAUUCACGAGGAACCGGAAAACCAACAAUUGUGUUGGAGGCCGUAGCUUCCUAUGAACUCUGGAUAUGACACGCGUUUUUUGGAGCUCCAGGUACUAUGAACGAUCUUAAUAUUCUAGAUCGAUCACCUGUUUUUGAUGACGUUAUUAACGGCAUCGCGCCACAAGUAAUCUUCUAUGUUAAUGGUAAUCCAUACCAUUACGCAUAUUAUCUCACGGAUGGUAUUUAUCCGAAAUGGACGACUUUUAUUCAAUCUAUCCGACUACCACAAACUCAGAAGCAUUCAUUAUUUGCUCAAACCCAAGAAUCAGUUCGAAAAGAUGUUGAGCGUGCCUUCGGAGUCCUGCAAGCUAGAUUUGCCUUUGUCAGAAAUCCGUCUAAGUUAUGGGAUAAAGAGAAAAUAGGAAAUAUUAUGAGAGCAUGUAUCAUACUCCAUAAUAUGAUUGUCGAAGAUGAACGGUCAUCAUUCAGUCAGUUUAACAAAUUUGAGUUUCAAGAAAGAGAAGAAGUGGAUACAUAUUCCGUCAACAUGCCUUCGAAUCUCGGCAGUACAAUGGAUCGUCGAACGAGCCUUCGUAAUAAACAAGCCCAUGAACAAUUAAAAAAUGAUAUGAUUGAAAAUAUAU